AUGGCACCCAAGGCAGCUCAGAAGACUCCCACCACUGGCGGCAAGGCCCCCGCCGCUGGCAAGGCUCCUGCUGAGAAGAAGGAAGCUGGCAAGAAGACCGCCGCUCCCUCCGGUGACAAGAAGAAGCGCACCAAGACCAGAAAGGAGACCUACUCCUCCUACAUCUACAAGGGUACGCCACCUCGACCUCCACUUGUCCACCCCGACACUGGUAUCUCCAACCGUGCCAUGUCCAUCCUGAACUCUUUCGUCAACGACAUCUUCGAGCGUGUUGCAACCGAGGCUAGCAAGCUCGCUGCUUACAACAAGAAGUCCACCAUCUCUUCGCGUGAGAUCCAGACCUCGUAA